CUGGACGCCCCUGGAGCAGUUUAUGACGACCCUGGUAAGAGCGUGAUGAGCGCGCGCUUCCGCUUGCCUGCUGGCAGAUCCUACAAUGUCCGGGCGACGGAGCUGGAGCGAGACAGGCAGCACACACAGGUUGUGUGCAACGUACUGCUGCUGGACAACACCGUCCAGGCAUUCAAAGUCAAUAAGUCGGACCAUGGCCAGGUGCUGCUGGACGCCGUCUUUAAGCACCUGGAGCUGACCGAGAGGGACUACUUUGGCCUGCACCUGGCUGACGAUGCAUCAGACGCUCCGCGCUGGCUGGAUCCCAAUAAGCCCAUCAGGAAACAGUUAAAACGGGGGUCUCCACACAACCUGAGCUUCAGAGUCAAAUUCUUUGUGACCGACCCCGGAAAACUUCAGGAAGAAUACACACGGUACCAGUAUUUCCUCCAGAUCAAACAGGACAUAUUAACUGGAAGAUUGCCCUGUCCCCACAACACAGCUGCAUUGUUGGCAUCCUACGCUGUUCAGUCUGAGCUGGGGGACUAUAGUGAAGCCGAUCACAGUCCCGGCUAUCUGUCGGAAUACUGCUUCAUCCCCACUCCGCCACAAGACUUCCAUAAAGAGGUGGCCAAACACCACCAGCAGCACAGCGGCCUGUCUCCUGCCCAGUCAGAGUUUAAUUAUCUGAACACAGCACGUACGCUGGAGCUCUACGGGGUGGAGCUGCACUAUGCAAGGGACCAGAGUAACACAGAGAUACUCAUCGGGGUGAUGUCUGCUGGCAUUGUGAUUUACAAAAACAGGGUACGGAUCAACUACUUCCCAUGGUUGAAAAUAGUGAAAAUCUCCUUCAAGUGCAAACAGUUUUUCAUCCAGCUGAGAAGAGACGGGACAGAAACUCGUGAGACGUUGCUGGGUUUUAAUAUGGUCAACUACCGGGCCUGUAAGAACCUGUGGAAAGCCUGCGUGGAGCACCACACCUUCUUCAGGCUGGAGCAGCCGAUCCCCCCCCAGAAGAACUUCUUCACUCACUACUUCACCCUGGGCUCAAAGUUCAGAUACUGCGGGCGGACAGAAGUGCAGUCGGUGCAGUAUGGGAAGGAGAAAUGCAUCAAGGACAGAGUGUUUGCCAGGUCUCCCAGCAAGCCAUUGGCCCGGAAGUUGGUGAGUGGGACCGAUUGGGAGUCAGUGAGCAGGAACAGCCUAUCAGACGAGAGGCUGGAGACGCAGAGUCUGCCCACCCGCUCCCCCCCUGGCACACCCAACCAGAACUCCCUGUUUGUGCAGGAGGGCACGCGGCUGCGCCCGUCGUCCGUCGGCCACCUGGUCGACCACGUGAUCCACGCCUCCCCCAGCCUGCCCGUGUUCUCCUCCAAUCACAAGUCAGCCUCGUCCACUCAGGCCAACAGCAUCAGCCUGGACUCCACACCGUCUCCUGAUGGGGUCGAUGGCCAGCCUCCAGCUCUGCCCCCCAAGCAGCUGAGCAGGAAGACCCUGAGCCAGAUCAUCCAGGCCCACUCCCAGCAAAGCCUCCUGGACAACCACCUCAAUGAGAUGUACGACGUUCCCGUCAACGCUGACAAAACCACCCUGAACGGAGUUGUCCCGCACGAUAACCUGGUCCUGAUCAAGAUGAGACCCGACGAACACGGACGAUUUGGCUUCAAUGUGAAGGGGGGAGCUGAUCAGAAGAUGCCCAUCAUUGUGUCUAGAGUGGCUCCUGGAACUUCAGCCGACCUGUGUGUGCCCCGCCUUAAUGAGGGGGAUCAGGUGGUCCUGAUCAACGGGCGGGACAUAUCUGACCACACACACGACCAGGUGGUCAUGUUCAUCAAGGCCAGCUGCGAGAGCCACUCAGGGGAGCUCAUCCUGCUGGUCAGGCCAAACGCCAUCUAUGACGUGGUGGAGGAGAAGGUGGACUCUGAACCAGAUUUUCAGUACAUCCCAGAGAAGUCUCCGCAGGACCCGGCUCAGCUGGACCAGCAUGCUCUGAGGGACUCCAUGGUCACGCUGAAGGAAGGCCUGGGCAGCGGAGCCAUACUGGCACAGUUUGAUCAACUGUACAGGAAGAGGCCAGGGAUGACCAUGCUGUGUGCCAAAUUACCUCAGAAUGUUUCCAAAAACCGCUACAGAGACAUCUCCCCCUAUGAUGCCACACGGGUCAUUCUAAAAAGCACAGACGACUACAUCAACGCAAACUAUAUCAAUAUGGAGAUUCCAGCCUCCAGUCUGAUAAACCGCUACAUAGCGUGCCAGGGCCCCCUGCCCAACACCUGCCCCGACUUCUGGCAGAUGACCUGGGAGCAGGGCUCCUCCAUGGUGGUCAUGCUGACCACGCAGGUGGAGAGAGGCCGGGUGAAGUGUCACCAGUACUGGCCCAACCCGGACAGCAGCGCCGCCUACGGAGACUUCACCGUCACGUGCCACAACGAGGAGGGCAAGUCUGCCUUCCUCGUCCGGGAGAUGACUCUCAGGCACGCUCAGAGCGAGCAGCAGAGAGAGCUCACUCAGAUUCAGUACCUGGCGUGGCCAGAUCAUGGCGUUCCGGACGACUCCACGGAUUUCCUGGACUUUGUAGCCCUGGUACGAAGCAAACGGGCCCGGCAGGACCAGCCGAUGGUGGUACACUGCAGUGCCGGCAUCGGUCGGACAGGGGUUCUGAUCACCAUGGAAACCGCAUUAUGUCUAAUGGAGUGCGGUCAGCCGGUCCAUCCUCUGGAUAUUGUCAGAACCAUGAGAGAUCAGAGGGCCAUGAUGAUACAAACACCUAGCCAGUACCGCUUCGUGUGCGAGGCGAUCCUUAAAGUUUACGAGGAGGGUCUGGUCAAACCACUCAAAAUGGCCGUCUACCAGCAGCGGGAGAAACCCGGCGAGGAGAAAGGCGAGGAGGGAGAGGAGGCGGGCGAGGACGGGGAGCUGCUGGGGGGGGGCCUGGACGAGGAGGAGGACGACGACGAGGAGGUGGAGGUGUUGGAUAUUGGAGAAGUGACAGAGGAGGAGGAGGAGGAGGAGGUGGAGGAGGAGCCCAGCGUUGCAAGUGCCAUCAGCGCCACGAGCGAGACCAGCGCCAACCCUGAGCCCAACCCCGAUCCUAACCCUGAGCCCAACCCCGAACCCAACCCCGAGCCUAACCCCGGGCCUAACCCCGAGCCCAACCCGGAUCUGUCCAACCCGGACCCGUCUAACCCCUGUUGUCUGACCUGA